GGGGCCCCUGUGUCCUUGCCCAAACUCAAAAAAGCCUAUGAAAAUGGUACCAGGGGCAUCUCAUGGGGCCCCUACUGGCCCCGGGCCCUCGCAAUAAGGGAUCAUGGGGCCCCUGUGUCCUCGCCCGCACCCAGAAAAGCCUAUGAAAAAGCCAAUGAAAGGUACCAGGGGAAUCUCAUGGGGCCCCCUACUGACCCUGGGCCCUCAGGCAAUGCCCGAGUGCUCGAAUGGUCAGUCCGCCCCUGGCCAGACCUUUCUCCCGUGAACUCUCCAGACCACAUCCUCAGUGAAAUCCCUUAGAGC